UCGCAUGCCGAACGCAGUCCAAGCUCAACUUUUCUGGCUGUCUCGCCAUUCGCAACUUGCCUUGCAACACCGCGCUCACAUCUUCCCAGACCACCACCAUCAUAAUGUCUUCACAGCAGGACGAAGCAGCCGCCGCCGGAUGCCCCGUAGACCACAAAGCGCGUGAAGCAUGGCUCCAACAAGCCCGCGCAGCCGGCAACCCUCAACCCAACCCUCACGCCUCCGCGCCUCCGCCGGCAGCACCCACACAAUUGCAAGCAUCUGCAGCAGCAGCAGCAGCAGCAGCAACAACAUCCUCACCCGUUCAGCAAUCAUGCGACUCCUCCACCCUCGACCAAUCCACAACCUCCCCAGCGCCAACAACAACCGGCCUCCUCUUCAACCUGCGCCUCGGCACCGACCGCGAAAUAAGCACAAUACCACGUUCCGUGCCCAAUGCGCCGCUUGACCGACCCGCAAACAACGAGAAGGAUACAGGCGCGGAUAAAGCAUCGGGGAAUUGGAUCUACCCCAGCGAACGCAUGUUCUUCGACGCGAUGCGGCGCAAAUCUUUUGACCCGGAGGCCCAGGACAUGAAGACUAUUGUGCCGAUUCACAACGCUGUGAAUGAGCGGGCAUGGCACGAGAUCAAAGCGUGGGAAAAAGGUCGAGGGAGCGAGAGCUGCGGCGGUCCCAAACUCGAGUCGUUUUCAGGGCUGAGCACAAGCUUGACACCGCGGGCGCGGUGGAAUGCACUGCUAGGAUACCAGGCGCCAUUCGAUCGGCAUGACUGGGUUGUAGACCGCUGCGGAACGAAAGUCGAGUAUGUGAUUGAUUUCUACGCGGGGAAGACACAGCCUGGUGCGCAGCCGGGACAAGGGCUUAAUUUUUAUUUGGAUGUACGGCCGAAGUUGAAUAGUUGGGAGGGCGUUAAGACGAGAGUGAGCAGGUUUUGGGGUUUUUAAAUGGGAAGAUAGAAGGAUUGUAUGAUAUGUACGAUUAAGGUGGUGGAUUGCAUGAGCCGAUGUAGUUUAUCAUGGCGAUGGCGUUUCCUGGAAUCUGGUAGAUUUGGCAAAGGCAUGUUGUUGAGAUUGAAUGUUUUAUACUCGUUCUUUGUAGACCUUGGUCGAUGCACUUUCUUUGUCGCAUGGUAUAAUACAG